AUGCUAACAUCAGAUUCAGACAUCUCAGAGACGGAGUAUCACAUAUCAAUCACCCUCGAUAUCCCCGAUGACGAAGAGUCCGAGGAAGCUCCCACAAUGCUUCUAACCGUGCGCUAUCCGGAAGACUACCCAGAUAAGGCACCGCACCUGGACCUCUCAGCAGCGCAGAAUAGCGCCUCCCAUCCUCUAUUCAACAUCUCCGAAGACAAGGACGAGCUACUGUCCGGCCUGACGGCAACAAUCGAGGAGAACCUCGGCAUGGCAAUGGUGUUUACCUUAGUCACAACUCUGAAGGAAGAGGCUGAACAGCUAGUUGUACGGCGCAGGGAGGCAGCUGCGCGGGUGCAUGAGGAGGCCCUGCUAGCCGCAGAGCGCGAGGAGAACAAGAAGUUUCACGGUACACCAGUAAACCCUGAGACGUUCUUGAAGUGGCGCGAGGAUUUCAUAAAAGAGAUGGAAGAGCAACGCCAGCGCGAGGAGGAGGAGCGCCUCGCAGAGUUGAAGAAGGCCAAGAUCAAGGAGCCCACACGACUUACUGGGCGGCAACUAUGGGAGAGAGGUCUCGCUACAGGAGGGGAAGAAGAGGAAGGGGAAGAGGGUUUGGUGGAGGAUGUGGGAAAGCUCAAGGUUGCUGCUUAA